CAUCGAUGCAUCCUCGAUUCCGUCGGGAUCCCUCUCAGUCGGUUCACAUGCACUCGCGAGGCGUUGGAAGCGAUCUAUGACUCGCUCUUAGGUCAUGAGCACAUAAGCAAGAAGGAUAUACUCCAUCGGGAUAUCAGCGUGAAUAAUAUCAUGAUCAGCGCUUACCCCGAGGUGGAGAAAUGCAAAGGCUUUCUUAUUGAUGUCGAGUACGCUACCGUGAUUGGGGAGCCCGGGAGCGAGGGGCAUCUCCGUGAAAUCACGGGAACCACGCAGUUUCUUUCCACUGCUCGACUUCGGCAAGGCGAGCAGUUACUCGUUCAUGAAACUUGGCACGACCUGGAAUCGUUCUUCUGGUCUACGACGUACCUCUUCAUUCAUCACAGGCCACAUACU